ACUCGGUUCACUUUCGAGAACUAAGAUGGCUACUUCACAGCAAAGACAUAUCGUAACUGCGAUGGUUUUCUUCCUAUAUUUCAUGUUAAAUGUCUUCUUAGGUUUAGUUACAUCAAGCAGUAGUAACUGGAAUGAUCCAGCAAUGAUUUCAAACAUUGACGUUGGUAAUAUAACUUUCGUUAACGUUCCAAAAUCCAUAUCGCUGCGACCUACUGCUGAUAAAAAUAUAAAAGUUGAAGAUGUUCCCCAAGUAAUUACGUUAGCUUUAGGUUUCUCAUCCUUACAGACUGUACAGUGGAAUGGUUUGUCUGCAGGAAAUCUAUUUGAGCAUCCAAAGGCAACGUUUUGUUUAUCAUUGAAUAUUUUCGUAAAGAGACUUAUUUCUCGUUCACUGAAGAAUCGUCAACUUUCACUGUUCUUAAGAAUAAAGAAAACUCAAUCGUUGAUAUUUUCCGUUUAUCUUCAAAGCAAAAUUUUGCUACGCACAUAUCAAAUGUGUUAAAGAAUAAACCUCUUGUUACAUCAUUCUCUGCAGAUAUGCUGCUUGCUCGCGCAGCUGCUGCAUCAGGAAACAACGCGUACACCAUCAAGUGGGAACCUCAGGAACAAUCAUUUCAAGAUGAUUCAAAAACGUUUGAUCUUACACAAGACAAGAUAAUGAAGAUGUUUGAAUCUGCCGACUUUGGAAAAGGUGUGAAAUAUCACGUUGAAGACAAAAUGUUUUGUGUCACACAAACCAAAAAGAAAGAAGUUUUUUUUGAUAUGAACAUCAAGGAUGAUUUCCUCUUCUUUGCGGAGAUGCAAACACUAUUUUACCUUUACGAGAAGGUUAAAACUUUUAAUGAAUUAAUUCACGACGAGUAUGUAGAUCUAUUUACUUUCGGUGUAUCAACCAUAAAGGGGAUUUCUCAACGAUACGGAAGUAAUUCACCUAAAGUUGACGCCGCAUUUUAUGUGCUCAAAAACACCAUUCCGAAGGUUAGUCAAUUAUUUAAUGAUCUCUAUAAUGGUGAAGCAUUAGUCGAGAUUGUUGGCUGGAGAGAAAAAAGAAAUCAAGAUGAAAGUCCCUCUCCACAGCUUAUCAAUGGUGUAAAUAAUGAUCGUGAUGGAACUAUUCGUUUUAAACGGGACACAUUAUUGAAAAAUGAUGCCCGCAAGAACGAUAAAAAUCAUGCCUCAUGUAAUGAUGUUUACAACGAGGAAUUUCCGACAAUUUUCAAUAUUUCCCUUUGGUUGAUGAUAAUUCUCGUGUUAACCGUUUAUGCUGUUUCUAUUGUCAUGUGGUACAUGGAUCCUGGUCGUGACAGCAUCAUAUACCGUGUUACAAGUCAACAUAUCAAAUCAGAAUAAUGCUUGACGUUUCAAUAUAUUUAUGAUCCCAAUAUUUUUGUCGUAUGAAAAAGUGUUAAUUUAAAUGUUUGAAAUGUCGUGUUGCUUGCUUCACAAUAUCACACUCCCAUACUAUUACUCUAUGUUUUCCACUAACAAACACUUUAAUUUAUUUUUUGCAUGUUCAACCUUAAUUAAAGCCUUUUAAUGUGUAAUUUAUACGCAAGCUCAGUUUGUCUAAACUGAAACCUUUAAAAAUCACUGGUUAAUGCUGCACUAAUUUAUACAAUAAAAAAAUUAAUCCUUUAAUUCAUAAAAUUUCAUAAAAUAGACGAAUGUGACAAUUAUUUCAAUAAUGCUCAAUUAUGAUAUCUGUUAACAGUUAUUGUA